GACUUUGUUUUCGUGGAUCUGUUUAUGAAAUCUUAAGCAGACAGACUGGGAACUCACUUGUGAUGGAGCAGGACAUUACUGGUUUAACUGGAGAGGAGUAUACCGAGAGGAUAUCACCCUGUUGUUCAGAUUCAGAGACUCUGAGUCAACGAGACACUGAAAAUGAUGAUAUUUUGGAGCUUAAUCAGUUUGAUGGACUGCCUUAUUCCUCCAGGUUUUACAAAUUGCUGAGGGAAAGGAAAGAGCUGCCAGUGUGGGAUGCAAAAUGUGAAUUUAUGGACACUUUGGCCAAAGGACGGUUUGUCAUUGUCAGUGGCUCUGCCAAAACUGGAAGAAGUUCUCAAAUCCCCCAGUGGUGUGCUGAAUUCUGCCUGUCAGUCCAGUUCCAGCAUGGCAUGGUGGUUUGUACGCAGAUUCACGCGCAGCAGGCUGUAGAUCUCGCCCUGAGAGUGGCAGAUGAGAUGGACGUCAACAUUGGUCAUGAAGUCGGAUACAGCAUCCCUUUGGAAGCAUGUUCCCACAAUGACUCAGUCCUAAGGUACUGCACUGACGACAUGCUCCUGAGAGAGAUGAUGUCGGACCCUCUGCUCGAGCGUUACGGAGUCAUCGUGGUGGACCAGGCCCACCAGAGGGCCGUGGCCACCGACGUGCUGCAGGGUCUUCUGAAGGACGUGGCCCUGCAGAGGCCUGAGCUCCGGGUCGUCCUACUCACAGCCGUGGACCCCGACCCGAAGCAGCUGGUCCAUUUCAGCGGGUCAGCAGCGCCUCUGAUCCGCCUGCGGAGCCCGGGCGCAGGGGCGGGGGUGCACAGCAGCACGGGGGACGGAUACUUCUGCUCCGCUCUCCGCCUGGUGCUGGAGAUCCACCGCUCAGAGGAGGAAGGAGACGUGGUUGUGUUUCUGGUGACGACACAGGAGAUAGAUCUGGCCCAUGACAUCCUGUGCCAUGAGGGGCAGAGUGUACCCCCUGAGCUGGGGGACCUCCUGCCCGUCGCUGUGCACCCUGGUCGCCCUGGGAACCUACCGCUCCUAGAGGAGGGGGGGGCAGCCCGGACCCGCAGGGUGUUCCUCACAUCCAGCCCAAACGAGGACUUCUUCUGGGCCGUGGGCUCCAUAAACUUUGUCAUUGAUGCCGGGCUGGAGAAGAGAAAUGUUUACAACCCCAGGAUCAGAACUAACUCAGUCCUCAUUCAGCCAAUCAGCACGGGUCAAGCCGAGAGUCGCAAACAGCUGACGGGUCCAAAAGGCAAGUGUUUCUGCCUGUACCCGAAGGACAGACAGCUUCCUGUGCAGAUUCGCCCCCGCCUGGUGGAGUCUGACAUCACGUCCACGGUGCUCUUCCUGAAGAGGAUGGAGAUCGCUGGACUGAGUCACUGCGACUUCAUCGACAGGCCGGACCCCGGAGGCCUCAUGCAGGCUUUGGAGGAGCUGGACUACCUUGCAGCUCUGGAUGAUGACGGAAACCUCUCAGCGAUGGGCAUCAUCAUGUCUGAGUUCCCCCUGGAGCCGCAGAUGGCCAAAACUCUGCUAGCCUCCUGUGAGUUCGACUGCUUCAGCGAGGUGGUCAUCAUCGCUGCCAUGCUAACAGCACCAACUUGCUUCAUAGUUCCCUCUGCGGACAUGAAGCCAGAGGCGACUCAGAGCCACAUGAAGUUCCAGCACCCGGAGGGAGACCACUUCACCCUCAUCAACAUCUACAAGGCCUUCAAACAAAGCCAGCAGAACCCAUGCUGUAAUGAGGAGAAGUGGUGUCAGGAUUCCUUCCUGAGCCACGCCUCCCUCCUGAUGGCGGACGCUCUGAGCUCUGAGCUCACGGACACUCUGAAGAGGAUCGAGCUGCCCACCUCACUGCCUGCCUUCGGCUCCCGCAGCAACACCUUCAACAUCAAGAGAGCCCUGCUGGCAGGCUUCUUCAUGCAGGUGGCGCAGGAUGUGGAUGGAUCUGGGAACUACUUGAUCCUCACCCAUAAGCACGUGGCACAGCUCCACCCUCUGUCUGGGUACGGAGCCAGGACCCCCAAACUGGGCCUUCCUGAGUGGGUGCUGUUCCACCAGCACUCCUUCUCCGAGGACAACUGCCUCCGCACCGUAACCCACACAACACCAGAGGAGUUCAUUCAGAUGGCACCACAGUAUUUUUUCUACAAUCUACCACAGAGUGAGAGCAAAGACAUCCUGCAAAACAUUUUGAACCAUCAGUACCAAAAGGAGAAACCUGCAACGUCCCAAGAGGAACCGCAGGAGGACCGGACUUCAGACCGCUGCGUCGUACAAUAGCUAACGGGACUUACUGCACUGUAUUUCACAGAAGCACAGAAUCAUUGUAUAAUCUGUUUUUUCAGGAGUCAUUUCCUUUCAUCUUGGUCAUGAAUCCCUCAGUGUUG